AUGCGCCUGUUCCCUCCCCUUUCCCUCCUGCUGGUCUCCGCGAGCGCGGCGCCCACGCGCCCCCCUCGGAUUCUUCCCCUUGCUCCCUUCCCGAGCGCCCCCGAUGUGCUGCCUGUACCUUCUGCCGCCGUUGUCUUCGUCUUGAGAGGGAUGUCUUCUCGCCACAUGGGGUUUCUUCUCCGUGUGUCUCUUCAGCGCCCUGGGCCGGGGCGGGGCGCAUGCUUGCCGUGGUUCGCCCUCCCUACCGGGGCCAACUGCGCUGGAUGCUCGUCCGCGGGUGCCCUCGCUCGACAAUGCGCGCUUGCAUCCUCCUCUUCCCCGUGUGAGCUUACGCCCCCUAUGGGCAUCCCAUUCAAGACGACAGCACCGGCGGCCGGAGGGCAGGCCCGCCCUCGUUCGGGUUCCCUGGGCUCGCGCGUCCCCCCCCCCGGCCGCAAGGACCAAGGGGAGACAGCAUCGCCCCCUUCUCCGAGGCAGGGUGGUCCCCCGGGGACGCGCGAGCCAGCGGGGUCCACCGACGCACCCCCAUCCAAUGUCUCGCCCGUCGCGGGCUCCUCUCCUCCUCGGGGCGCCCCCCAUUGCCCUGUGUCACCCUCUCGCCAGCGCCGCUAA